AACUUCCUCUUUCUCGAUAUUUCCGCACCACACAGCACUAAGCUAAUGUUGCAGAGCUCUGUUUUCAUAGCAACAAAAGACGCCCUCGGCUGCUACUGUUACCAAAACUCUGCCAACUUCUUUUUUCAUUUCUUCUUUCAUUUUUUCUUCUUUUAUUUAUUUAUUUUUUACUAAAAACGCCCUAGUCAAAAAAGACACAGAGUGUCGCCUCUCUAACCUGACUGAUCACGGAAGCACCAGUCUUGAAAUUCACCCUGCGCGUCAUUCUUACUUUCUCCCGUGAAAAUAAGAGAAUAAACUGAGAUGGACACUUCUGACCAGUUUUGCAGUAACAAUGAUAUUCUCAGAUCCCAUGCUGGGCCAAAUGUCAGCGUUGCAGCUCAGAGUGGAAGCCAUGUUACAACACCUGUGCUCACUAACAAUACAAUAACAGGCAAUGUCAACAUCAUACACAAUGCACCUGGUUUCACUUGUUUUCGCCCACACUCUGAAAAAACACCAUCCUCAGCGAUAAGAUCAUUGAUUCUCAAAUAUAAGAAGCUGAUCUGCAAUGAGUAUCAGUAUGUGACUGAGUAUAACUCACUGCCUGGUGAACAUGUGCUGCUGUCUGAGCGCUACACACAACCUUUGAUCAUUCAGAGAUACAGGAAUCAAAAAGAGAGAGAAGAAGAGAUCAGCUCCAGUGGAGAGAGCUUCCAGCAGGUCCUUAGCUCCAGGAGCAGUGAUGAAUCUGUCCAUCUGAACUCUCUCUUCAACCCAGAUGACCACAGAAUCAGUCCCAGUGCUGUUAUACUGCAGGGGAAUUCUGGGAAUGGGAAAUCCUUCACUGUGCAGAAAAUCAUGAUGGACUGGGCAUCUGGUGACCUCUACAAAGGGCGGUUUGAUAUUGUAUUCCACUUAAUGUGUAAAGAAAUAAAUCGCAUUUCUGACAAAAAAAGUUUGGUGGAGAUUUUGAGCUACAGCUGCAGUUUAACAUCAAAUGAGAUCUCACAGAUUUUACAGCAGUCACCAGAGAAGGUGCUUUUUAUCAUUGAUGGAUUUGAUGAGCUCAUAGAGGACAUUUAUCCCAUGACAACAUACACUGAUCCACUUCAAGAAGCCCCACCUGUGGUCACUCUUAAUGCCCUGCUGAGGGGUCACAUCCUGCCAGAGUCCUUCCUGCUGGUCACCACCAGAUCUACAGCUACAGAUACACUGAGUAAACUGCUCAAAGGUCCUCAGCGUUUCACUGAGAUUAUGGGAUUUUCAGAAAAAGGGGUGGAGGAGUACUUUCACAAGUUCUUUAAGAAUAAUGAACUUUUCAGGAAAGCCUAUGAACGUGUGAGAGCAAAUGAAACCCUCAUCACUGCCUGCUCCAUCCCUGUUAUCUGCUGGAUCAUCUGCACGGUUAUGCGAGAGAGGCUCAGUGAUGGUGUAGAUGUGACAAGUGGACUGGAAACGACCACCUCCAUCUACAUUGACUUUAUGUCCACUCUAUUGGAGCAUCACUGCCAGGGUUUGAGUCAGUCCAUCCCGACCCUGCUGAGGAGUCUGGGUAAGCUAGCAGAGAGAGGGAUUGUGGAACAGCAAGUGCUGUUUGAUGAGAAGACCGUUUAUGGAACUGUUUCAGACCCUGCUGGCAAUCCAUUCUUGUGCAAGGUUCUCUUUAAGAGAAAAAUCCAUCAGGAGACGAUGUUCAGUUUCAUGCAUCUCAGUUUUCAGGAGUUCUUCACUGCUCUGUACUACAUCUCACUAGACAGUGAGACAUUAAAGGAGAAAAUUACAGAGAUGCAUUACGGUCGCUGUGAAGCUGUUCGGCAUUUUCUUUUUGGUCUUUUGAAUAAGGAAGUGAGAAAAACACUUAAGAGAAAAUAUGGCGUCUGUGUUGAUCCAAACAUACAGCAUAGUCUGAAAGAAAUUCUUCCCUCCACACAGCCACUCUCCAUUCUUCACUGUCUCUAUGAGCUUCAUGAACAAAGCUUUGUGAAAGACAUUCUGAGUACAAAACAUAUUUUUAUAUGUUACAAACCUCUAAGAAGAGCGGACUGCUGGGCCCUGCUGUACUGCUGUCAGUGCUGUCAGAGAAUUAAAGAACUGACUAUCUACUGCUGCAGAUUCAUGUCUGAAAAUAUGUCUAUGAUUGUGCCUGUACUCCACAAGUUUGAGAAAGUAACGUUGACACCAGAAACUCAACCAGAUUCUGCUCUUGUUGAUCUCAUGCAUGAUAUCAUAAGAGGGAAGACACAGAACUCACUGAGUGUUCGGAUUGAACUUGCAUAUUAUAGUCAUCCCGAGUGCCGCGCUGUCAGUCUUAUCGAUUUGUCAGUCAGUGAAGAACUGUCCAGGAUCACAAUACAUCCACAGUAUUGUGAAUUACGAUCAUUCAGUCUCACUUUCCAACCUGAUCUACCCAACAUUGACUGGGCAAGCCUCUUCCAAGCACUUACAUCACAGACGCUUAUGUUUUUCCUGCCUUGUUUGUCUGGACUGAAGAAGAUAGAAAUGGAGAUGAAAAGUCUGACAAAGACUUGGGCUAUUCAGAUCAUUUUCCUCAGCAAGAACUGCCCCAGUCUAACUGAAGUCAGGACAAAUGUUUGCUGGAUACCAGAGGAGGGAAUCAAGGUUUUGCAGAAGGCACACAUAAGACCAGGCUGUGCAUUGACAUUUGAAGGGUGCAGUUGCCAAACUGAGUGUUCAUACGGGACGAUCUGCAAAAAAAGAGUACAAAUUAAUCUGCAUGCAGGGGGCUUUUUUACUGAGACCUUACGACCGUCCUUGUUUCCAAGCUAAGCUGCAGAUUGAUAGAGUGUACUCAGACGUGUGGAUGGGGAUUCAGAAUGUCAUUUGGAUCAGUCUCUUAUGAUUAAAACAAUGUAAAUAUAGACAAUAAAUGUCAGAUCUCAGUAUAUUGUACACUUACUUAUGAGAACAGAGUAAAUCUGUUAUUCAUAAACAUAGGCAUAUAUCUGGUUAUGUAUCAUAUGCCUAUAUGUUUACAAUACUGAAAUGUAUUGUAUUAAACAAUGCAUUUCAACACUGCCCGUUAUUCACAUUUAUGAUAUUAUGUAACUCAGAUGUUGAUAAAUUCAGCUGUUGUUAAAAGAAUAUAUAUAUAUAUAUUUUAUGCUAUUUUAUGCUAUUAUUAUGCUUUUAUUUAAAGUUGUUUUCCAUGCAGAAAUUGUGCCAUGUGCCAGAAUUUGAAAAAAAAAAAAAAUGUAAACGAUUUACUUUGUAUGUCCUUUGAAAAAGACAAUUUCAAAAUUACAUCUUGUAUCUCCCAUACGACUUGUAUUGUGAUCUAUAUGCUAUAAGGUGUCCUUACCAAAAGAUAUAUAUCAGAAAAUCGUCACGACACUCAAAAUUAAGACAAACAAAAAAUCUAAUAUUAGAAGUCAGGACAUAACUUUUUUCUAUAGCUGAACAUUGAACUACAGGAAGGUAUGGAGGAAAUAUUAGAUUCACACAGAAGUUCAAUAUAAAUAAAGAAUUGUUGAAACUAGAAGCAUUCUGGUUUAUAAACUUAUAGCUCCCAAUGGCACAAAUCAGGAAUUAGAUGUUUCUGUGUUUCUAUAAUGAGAUGUUGAUAUGUAAAUACUCUUGAUUAAUUCUCUGAUUCCUGUAAAUGUAACAAGCUGGAUACACAUUGCAACAAACCUCUAAAAUGUCAUUCAUGUUGAUUAUUGAUGGUGUUUUCCUAAUGUUUCAAUCAUUAGAUUAUCCAUUGUUGUGUAUUUAAUCUGGAGUCACGUAUUCCUUGCAUUUUGAUGUAUUCCUUUUGCAUUUGUUGUAUUUGGUGUAGAAUUGUGUCUCAUGUGAAUGUAAUAUCCUGCUUGUUGUGGUUGUGAUUUACAUGUUCAUAAAGUCUGUAGUAGUAAAG